AUGGCGUCCCUCAUCGACCAUGAGCGGAACAAGGCUGGCCUGCACCUGGAGACCACCACGACCCGCCUCGAGCCAAAGACUUCACGAGAUACCCUACUUUCCGACGGCCUCUCUCCCAUGGUUGAAAAGAACAUGACGCUAUCACGCCCCUCCGACGUCUCUACCCCCAACAGCGCUCGUGCUAAUCCCUUCGAGACCGACAUCGAAGCCAUGGUCACCAACGAACCCUGCAUUAAGAAGACUACAACAUCAAAGGAAGCCACAACAGAUUGCCAGGUCUGGCCCGGCCAAGACCACUGGAAGCAAAAGGCGAAGGAUGCCAAGAUGAACCGUCAUACUUGCAACUGCCUGGCACAAAUGAGCAAACGCAACCGUAUCAUCGUCAAGGUCAUGAUCGGUCUGCUCGUCAUUGGUGUUGCUGUUGGUGUGGGCUUUGGCGUCAGCAAGCCACUCGGUGCCGGGAUCUGGAAGAGCGAGAGCCAGAAUCAACGAUAA